ACAAACGGUGAAACUUGCCGAAGAAAGCCGUAAACAUCCGCAUGGACUUUUCAUUUUACCGUUACAGAAAAUAUUUUUUACCAAGUUUAUUUUCAGAGCUGUGAAAUAAAUGGAGAUACCGUUAAAGAUAUUAAAUGAUAAGCUAAGAUUUUUUUUAUUCAGCGUGAAUGCUGGCUUUUAGAUCAAUACAGGGCCAUCCGCUGUUUCCGGUCAGAUUGGAGCUAAUCCUGUUUGUGUUGAUGGGCGGCGAACAGGCGCUGCCAAAUCUGGCAACAAAAUAGAUUUUCACUAUCGCACCUUUGCAGCUACCGUCCUCCGUCAUGACAACUUAACGUGUAACAAACGCGGAGGGAAUUCCUGCUCGGUAACUGACUGGACCCUGUCUACUUUCUACGGUUGAGCCUAGACGCUGAGUCCCGGAGACACGAACCGCGGUGCGGACGGUCUGAAGCCGCCACAAUGAGCUCGGAACACCAGGGCGACAGCGAGGACGCCGACGAGUCACAGGAUAGGCCCGGCAGCACCGGCAAGAGAGAAGACCCUGUUGUCGACGGGCCGGACGAGGAAGAUGACGUCGCUCAGAGGGUCUGUCCUUCGCCGCCGAGGAGCAGCAGCGAGGACCAGCCUGAGCUUAGCGCUGGCUCUCCCCGGCUGGAGGAUCGAGAGCGCCGCAGCCCACCGGCCGCCGCUCCACAGGCAGGCAGCGGUGGUAGUUCCAGUAGCGACGGCUAUAAGGGGAACAGUCUGUUUUCCUGGCUGCAGAGCAGGACUAUCAGACGGGGGUUGUUUGUGGACCCAGCCAGGGAUAACUUCAGGACAAUGACCAGUUUGUACUGUUCUAUGAAUCCGGCUGUGGAGUCGGUCAACCUGAGUUCUCAGACCCACGGAGCAGUAUUCAACCUGGAGUAUUCACCGGAUGGGUCUGUGUUGACGGUGGCCUGUGAGCAGACAGAGGUCCUCCUCUUUGACCCCAUUUCAUCCAGGCACAUCAAAACCCUCACGGAGGCCCAUGAGGACUGUGUGAACAACAUAAGGUUUUUGGACAAUCGCCUGUUUGCCACCUGCUCCGAUGACACCACAAUUGCAUUAUGGGACCUUCGUAAGCUGAACUCGAAGGUUUGCUCCUUGCACGGCCACGCCAGCUGGGUGAAGAACAUCGAAUAUGACACCAACACUCGCCUCUUGGUCACAUCUGGCUUUGAUGGCAACGUCAUCACGUGGGACACUAACAGAUUUACUGAGGAUGGCUGCCCACACAAGAAGUUCUUCCACACUCGCUAUUUGAUGAGGAUGCGUCUGACACCCGAUUGUUCCAAGAUGCUCAUCUCUACUUCCUCAGGAUACCUUCUCAUCCUUCACGACCUGGACCUCACCCAGUCCCUGGAAGUGGGCAGCUACCGCAUGCUGCGAGCCCGACGGACCCCCCUCACUUCUGACGGAGGCACAUCGGCAUCAAGAUCGACUGUGACUCCUCGCCAGGGGCAUGACUCCAAGAUUCAUCCUCACAGAGAAGGUCUCUCUCCAAGGAACAGCCUUGAGGUUUUAACUCCUGAAAUCCCCGGAGAGAAGGACCGAGGGAACUGCAUCACCUCCCUACAGCUGCAUCCUAAAGGCUGGGCCACACUCAUCCGGUGCUCCAGCAACAUGGACGACCAGGAGUGGACAUGUGUGUACGAAUUCCAGGAGGGAGCGCCCACGCGGCCGCUGGUGUCUCCUCGCUGCUCUCUACGCCUAACUCACUACAUCGAGGAGGCCAAUGUGGGGCGGGGCUACAUCAAGGAGUUGUGCUUCAGCCCCGACGGACGGCUCAUCUGCUCUCCUUACGGCUACGGUGUCCGCCUGCUCGCCUUUGAUGAGCGGUGCAGCGAGCUAGCCGACUGCCUGCCUGUCCAGACUAGCUGCCUCCGGGAGAUCCGCUCCAUCUACUCGCACAGCGACGUGGUCCUAACCACCAAGUUCUCCCCAACGCACUGCCAGCUGGCCUCGGGCUGCCUCAGCGGACGUGUGGCGCUUUACCAGCCCAAGUUUUAGUAUCCAGUGUUGUUAAAAGCCCGAGCACUGCAGACCUGGGGAAAGAAGUGCUAGUUUCGAUGCCUGCACAAAAAGUGUGGAAAUAUAUCAAGGAAGCAUUUUACAGAUGGUAACACUGACAGCUAACCCCAACAUUCUGCAAGGCCGUCAAAUGAACAUGCUUACAAAAAACAUAGUUCCAGAACCAGAAGAUCUUUUGACCAGAGUUUGGACCAGAAUAUAGAAGCAAAUGUGCACAUCUGCUUCUAUAUUCCUGAAGGUGGAAGCUAACUAGAGAUUCACCCAUAAGAAUUUUUGACCUCUGCUUUUUGUGAAGCUUUCACCUACCUUCAGUCAAUUUCAGUCUCUCUUUAAAAACUAAUAUUUAAUAUACAAAAGACUACAAGAACAGCAUUCAAAAUAUUUUUCCUCCUGCCCCCUCAUCCAUAAUUAACCUAUGUCACACUGUAUGUGUGAAAGAGCCGUCGCCAUAAAACCCGAUUAUACUAAUAUUUCAAAACCAAGACAAAAUGAUUAUUUUUCAUAUUUUAGCAUCUUGUACAAGCGAUUAGCAUUAAAACGGUAUUCUCCGAUUUCUGAUAAGCUGCCAGUGUUUCCGUGUUCCAUGACACGAAAGCUCAAAGCGAUAAUACAGAGCAACUUUGCUGUCCUCGGUUCAACCUUCCUGUUAUCUGCUGAAAGUCUCGCUCUCUGUCUCUUUCCUGCGUCCUAUAUGAACCUCAGACAUGUAAUGACAUGUUGUAAAAAAUAGUUUCCUUUUAGCUUCUUACAACUUUGUUCUUCCUCUGAUCUAAUUUCAAAUGCUUCACUGAUACUCAGAAUAGCCAACUUUGAGUCUUCUUCACUCGGUAAUAGUCUACGAACCAAAGAAUGUUGUCAGGUAGCACUUAUGUAUGGUACAUUUACUGACUCGAAAAAGGUUGGAUUUUUGGAAUCUCCGACCAGCUGGUCAUCUGUCAGGGUCCAUCAGGCAGAAAAUCGUCCAGGUCCAGUCGCCAGCUGAUUUCUCGGUGAAUCUCUAAAGCUAGCUUAAAAGCUUAACUUAACAAUAUGAUUCUUUUACUUCUAGUGUUACAUACGUACAUGAGGACCCAGGUCUGCAGCUGUCAAAUGGGCUGUGUGUUUUUAGGUGCUAGCUGUCAAACCGACAGCCAUUGACUGGGGUAAAGAAAUGAAAGACUGAAGCUUUUGGCUUAUUGCCAGGUGGCAGCAGAGGAGGGACACUUUGAGCCUCUUUAGCCCGGAACUUUAAGGAACCUCGAAGUUGACAUACCAAGAAAAUGCAUUUUGGUUUUUGCAAACAAAACUUUCAUCCAGGCUGAGCAGAAGUUUGAUGCAGCUCUUGAUGCAACUUCACAUCAGGCAAGGACAAACUAUCAGUUUGUGGCUCCUUUUUCUUACCGAGGAUCACUUUUUGCCUCUAUAAUAGUAGAUAUAACAGUAGUUUGGUUUUUUUUUGGUUUUUUUUUUUGAGACUCGGCACAUCCAGAUGUUGCCGUCUCAGGAGGACAACAUUAAUAAUGCAAAAAGUCAAGUAUUAAUGAAUCCCCGGAGACGAACUGACUGUUGUGUAUGCUGUUUGUCAUUUUUACUUGACUUCCUGCGCUGCGCCUUGUUCCGCUCUCUACUGCUUCACUCAUGCCUUCGCCACAGGUGCUGCUUCUGUGCUCACACAAUCUGAACUUCAAGGACCUACCCUUCUUUACCUGCCUGCUGCUUCUGUGUUCCCAACCUCUGACCUCUUUCCUCUGUCCAAAUCCUCUGUAGUUUUUAGUCAUUUUACUCUGUGUAUUAAUGUUGGCACUAACCGUUGCACGGUGUUUGAUUUGAUAAUACUGUCACUUUCUGGCCUUCUUUGAGGCUUCUUUGGAGUUGUUGCUCUAAUCACCUCUUACUUUCCCCCACAUUUUAUGCUUUUAGCUUAAAUCUUUAAAUGGAAACAUCUGGCGAUCCGGGAAAUUGGGCAUUAAUUCAAAGGCUGGUAUUGGUAAAUGUGACUGCAUAAUUCAUAGGAGCUCAUAUUGCUCUGUCUGGUGUUUUAAUAGUCUCUGGGCAGCUACGGAGCUCUUUAACAUAGGAUAACGGAUGCUGACAAACAUUUCCUAAAAACCUUAGAACAAAUUCACAUGUUUUCACAGUGAAAUUUUUGAAAGAAAAGUACAUUUAUUUAGUUCAGAAACAUGUCCCAAGUCAAGAAAUGUUUUUAACCAGUUGUGCAAUUAUUGGUACGUCUGCUGUCAGGACUCUGUAGAACUCCCUCUCUUCUCUAUAAAGCUUAGCCUCUUCAUUAUAUUUCAUAAAGUGAGCAUACAGAGAGGGACCUUUGACCCUUCCUCUUUGCACAACCUCUCUAGAUGGUCCUGGGUCAUUGCUUAUGCUCCUGUCUCCUCAGCUUAACCCACAGGUCUUCUACAGGAUUCAGUUCCUGGAACUGAGAUGGUAUUUGAAAAAGGUGAAUUUUGUGUCGUUUCUGUCUUGAAUCAGCCAUACAUUUUGGAUCCUCAUCCUGUUAAAAGGUCCAAUGACGACGCAUUUUCAGUUUACUCCCAGAGGCCACCAGAUUUUGGAUCCUCAUCCUGUUAAAAGGUCCAAUGACGACGCAUUUUCAGUUCACUCCCAGAGGCCACCAGAUUUUUACGUGAAAUCUUUAGGUAUUACUAAAAGUUCCCGAUCCCAUGCACCUUGAGUCUUUGGAUGAAAAACAGGCCCACAGCAUCAUAGAUCCUCCACCAUACUUAACAGCAUGCAUGGGUUGCUUUUCCACAUAUCAAUCCUUUGUUUUACACUAAACCCAUUUGAAGCGUUAGUUGCUGAAAAUAUCAAUAUUAGUCUUAUCUGACCAAAGCAUGGUUCCAGAUAAAGUCCCAGUAGAGCUUUAAAAAAAAUCCAUAAGUUUACCUUUGUGAUGAAAGGAAAACGCUACUUUUACUUUUACCCAGCAUCACUUCCUAACAAUUAGCUGGCACAUAGAUGGCCUCUAAAGGUGUUUAUGGAGCCUUCAUGAUCAUUUAUUUCAUGACUAAAGUCUCUGCAUUUUUCAUUAUUCAAAGGAUGAAAGUGUUCCCAGUAAAAAAUGUUCUGCCCUUGUCUCAUUAGGAGUCAACUUUAGCGUGUUCAUAAAGGUAACUAGCCUGCACCCCUAUCCUCCCUCUCAUCGCCACCCACUGGGAACAAACGGAUCGCUGCAGCCAUCUUUUUUUUUUUUUUGCCAGACAGAAAUAAACAAGCGAAAGAAUAUCUGCUGUGAUAGUCUGAUAGUUAGUCCUCAGUAUAACACAGCUGUCGCACUGAAUGACUAAAGGAUACAUUAGAACUUGGCUAUGGAAACAGAAAACAAACUCUUGCUAUGCACACCAGCCUUUCUGAUGAUUCUCCUUUAUUAUUUAUGCUCUAUGCCGAGCUGUCAGUUGCCAAAAUAUGAUUUAUGGUGGAUUCAAGUAAAAUGAGCUGGGAAGUAAAAUAACAUCUGCUGUUAUAAAUUAAAAAGAAAAGAUGCAAUUUAUAAGGCCUUAAUUUUUUUGUAACGUACUUUUCUCUGGCCGCUGAAGAGGGCGCCAUUGCACUGUUAGGUAUUUUGACUUUAAACCUAAAAAACGUGUUUACAGUUGCCCUAACCCUCUGAUGUAUGUAAAUCAGGCAUUUGCAAACAAAGUAAUGAAAGAUCAAGGUCUGUGUUUAAUAAUUUGUUAACAGAUGGGGGGGAAAAGGGACUGAAGUGUGAGUUUGAGAUAAAGGUUUAAAAACAACACAUAUGAGAUUUUUUAGUUUCCAGCUCAAAACUUGCUCUUGUAAGCAUCUUGCCAGGAUGCUUUCACGCACUGUACCUCAGUUAACCGCUUUCAUAACCUGCAGUUCGCCUUCAGCUCAGUCAUCCUUUUUGCUUCCACCAAAAUAAACCAGAUCACUCCAAUCUAAAUGCAGAUGUGUGCAUUUUGUAGCCACAUGUAUUGUGACUGACUGAGCUGAGUGUGAAAGGAUGCUGUAUAUUCUCUGCUGCUUUUACUUCAACUGCACUCACAAGCUCUUUGAAGUGUCUUAUCUACUAUUUUCACCCCAUGUAUUUAAAAGAAAGGCAGAAAGCCCGGUUUUAUGACUGGUUUUGUGUUAUUUUGAUUCCGGUUUUGGAUUUUAACUUGUAUUUAGCCAUGGGUUUCAUGAAAGUUCACACUAUUACCUUUUUUUCAUGUGUGCACCAUUAAGUGAAUAAAUCUGAAGGAUGGGGAAACAAAAUAAAACACGCUGAAACGCUUACAGUUAGUUGUUUUCUACAUUACUGUUGUCUACACAGCAGGUAAUCUAGAAAUGAUACUUAUUUAGUGCUCAUUAAAGAAGUUUUGGUUGCUCA